GGGGGUUAACUCACUUCGAUAUCAGAGUUUCCUCGGAGCACACGCUCUUAAUUUAGUUCUUCCUUUAACGGUUCGAUCACUGUUAAACGUCACCUUGUACUGAGUGAAUUCAAACUACAAGAAGCAAGAGAUGUUUCAAUCAGUAGUACUAACGGUUAAUCGUAAUGGUCACCAACUGAUGCGCUAUGGGGCCUCGAGAUGUCUCGCCACCGCAACGAAAGCAGCUAAAGUAUCGAGCGAAAAGAUUUCGGAACGGAAACCCUGUCACUCAUUUAUGAUGAACGUUUUUAGUGGACAACUGCAAACGUCUCAGCUCUUCCCUUACCCAGAUGUACUGAAUGAAGAACAAAAGGAGUACACACGUGCCAUCAUCGAUCCUGUGAACCGUUUCUUCGAUGAAGUAAACAACCGUAUCCGAAACGAUGAAACGUCGAACGUUAACGAAGAAACGAUGAACGCCAUUUGGGAACUCGGAGUUAUGGGUUUCGGCAUUCCGGUUGAUCUCGGUGGUUUAGGGCUUACGAACGUUCAGGCUGCUCGGCUUGGUGAUAUCUGUGGAGGAAACGACCUUGCUCUAACAAUUCACAUGGGUGCCCACCAGUCAAUUGGAACCAAAGGAAUCAUUUUGUACGGAACUGAACAGCAGAAAGCGAAAUAUCUCCCACAACUAAGCACUGGGCGUGUUAUUGGUGCAUUUGCAUUGACUGAGCCUUCAGUCGGUUCCGAUGCGGCGUCUGUUAAAACUGCAGCAGUGCUCAGUCCAUGUGGGAAAUACUAUAUCCUAAACGGAUCGAAAUUGUGGUGUUCAGGUGGAGGAAUUGCUGGUAUUUUUACAACAUUUGCUCAAACGGAGGUGGCUGAUCCGGAAACCGGCGAGAAAAAGAACAAAAUGACUGCAUUCAUUGUCGAACGAGGAUUUCAAGGGGUCUCGACAGGGCCACCAGAGAAGAAAAUGGGACUGAAAUGUUCCGUUACGACGGAUGUUUAUUAUGACGAUGUCAAAGUUCCAAUAGAAAAUGUGCUCGGUGAGGUUGGAAAUGGGUUUAAGGUUGCAGUGAACAUUUUGAAUGCUGGACGGUUCGGUUUGUGCGCUAUGUUAACAGGAACGAUGCGCACUUGUAUCGAAAAGGCAGCAGAGCAUGUGGCGACACGCAUUCAGUUUAAACGUAAGCUACACGAAUUUGAGAAUGUACAGGAAAAGCUAGCGAAAAUGGCAAUGCAUCACUACGUCGCUCAGUCGCUAGCAUAUAUGGUGUCGGGAAAUAUGGAUCGAGGAUCCACAGAGUUUCACCUGGAAGCAGCAAUUACCAAGAUAUUUGGUACCGAAGCAGGAUGGUACGUUUGCGAUGAGGCCAUACAGCUGCUAGGAGGAAAUGGAUAUAUGCAAGCUCCCGGAUUAGAGCAAUUUUUGAGAGACAUGCGAGUGUUUAGGAUAUUUGAGGGGGCCAAUGAUGUGUUGAAAAUGUUCAUCGCUCUUACGGGCAUUCAAUUUGCUGGCGCCCGACUCAAAGGUCUACAGAAUGCGAUGAAGAAUCCAUUGUCGAACUUAGGAACGAUGUUCCAAGAGGGUUCAAAACGGUUGCGACGUACUGCUGGUUCAAGUGAGAUCGAUCUAAAUCAGUUUGUUGCAGAUCCCCUUAAAGAUUCUGCCAAACUUUGUGCACAGAGUAUUGACGUUUUCAACCAAACAGUCGAAAUGCUACUGAUAAAACAUGGGAAAUCAAUUGUUGAAAAACAGUUCAUCCUGGCCCGCAUUGCUGAUUCGGCCAUCGACAUCUAUACAAUGGCAUGCGUGUUAUCUAGAGCAACUCGUGCCAUCCACAAGGAGCUUCCAUCGGCAGACCAUGAAUGCCUAAUGACGCAGGUGUGGUGCAGUGAGGCCAGCAACCGCGUGCAGCAGAAUAUCGGACGCAUACACUCCGAUAAAUUCCAUGAUAACAACAAAAAGAUUUCGUUAAUUGCUAAAAAUGUUGUUGCACGUCAAGGUCCAGCGCACACCAAUCCACUGGAAAUCGACUGAUUUUUUUUUAUAUGAAUGAA